CUCCCGUCUCCCUACAGCUCUCCACUGUUCAGCAUUUCUCCCAUCAGGUUUAUCCUCUCUCCCUAUCUCUCUCUGUUUCUCUCUCUUCCUCUCCUCUUUCGUGGAGGAGGGGGCGGGGGUGGGGGCAGCUCAUAUCUCUGGCGGUUUGCCGCAUGGAAGUCGCCCAGGCUAGACUGAAUCUUCUCUCUCUGACUCGGACUCCAUUGGCCAUUCCGCGGCAGCGACAGCGAACCCAACGCCACAUGAGUCGGGACACGCGCCGGGAUGUAACGGCAUCUAUCCGCUGACCGACUGUAGAAAAAAAAAAAAAAAAAAAAAGAGACAGAGAGCGAACGAGAGAGAGAGAGAGAGAGAGAGAGAGAGAACCAGAAUCCCGGCAUCAUUCCAGCAGAGGGAAGGAAGUGGAUUGGGGGGCGUUGGGGGAAUGUUUCUCACUCAGAUGUAACAACCACAGAAAGCAGGGAUCGCCAAGUGCGCAAAAGCCGCUUCUUCCUGAGAACAUCAUUACGCACGGCGCUGCGCUCUCUCUCGCUCCCCCCAGCCCCCCAAUUUCUUUUUUAUUUUCACGUCUUUUCGUUCCCUCCGUUCACUGCACGGACUGACCGGAGGUUGGAUGUACAUGUGUGCGCGCGCGGCGGUGGGGACUUCCAUGGUGUGAAGUCCAGAUUUUUUUUUCCUUUCCUUUUCUUUCUUUCUUUUUUUUUUGCCAAGCGACCCAACUGGAGGCUCGAAACUGAGAAAAUCCGUCGCCCUACUGGAAUAUUAACAACCCAGUCUUAGCAGCGGCCCAGGGGAGUUGCGGGGAGGGAAGAUGUUGCUGCUGCACCAGCAGCAGCAGCAGCAGCAGCAGCAGAGUUUGGGACUCUAGAGAGCUUCCCCAACUUUUUUUCUUCUUUUUUUUUUUUGUUGCUUUCUCUCCCCUCCUCUGGCUCCGUUUCUAAUCUGUUUUCCUCUGAUCAUCUUCGCCUUUGGGACUUUCUGUUUGAUUUGCAGCUCAACGGAAUCGGCCAUGGACCGCUCCACGUCUUUGGAUAUCGAAGCGCUCAAGAUGACCCAGGAGCAGUACAUCCUCGCGGCCCAGCCGAACCCCCUCCACCAGCGAGGCGCAUCAGAGUGCAGUGGCCAGGUCUACCCAGCAGUCGGCAUCUACGGCUGGAGGAAGAGAUGCUUGUACUUCUUCAUCCUCCUCCUACUUGUCACCAUGAUUGUCAACCUGGCACUCACCAUCUGGAUUCUCAAAGUCAUGAACUUCACUCCGGAUGGCAUGGGGAACCUGCGAGUUACCAAAGAAGGGAUCCAACUGGAGGGGGUGUCCGAAUUUUUGUUGCCCUUAUACGUCAAAGAGAUCCAGUCUCGAAGGGACAGUCCGCUGAUUCUCCAGUCAGACAGAAAUGUGACGGUCAAUGCUAGAAAUGAUCAGGGACAACUGACUGGUCAGCUCACCGUGGGUUCGGAAAUGGUUGAGGCCCAGUGUCAGAGGUUCGAAGUGAAGAGCGCUGAUGGCGAGAGAGUUCUGUUUUCUGCAGACGAGGAAGAGAUCAGCAUCGGAACAGAGAAACUUAAAGUCACAGGGGAAGAAGGAGUGGUUUUUAGCCAUUCUGUCGAGACUUCGCAUGUCAGGGCAGAGCCAUUUCAGGACCUUAAACUAGAGUCCCCAACUCGGACCUUGACGCUAGAAGCUCCCAGGGGGGUAGAGGUCAGUGCUGGAGUGGGCGACUUCACGGCUUCCUGUAGGAAAGACCUCCUCUUGCAAUCCUCAGACGGAGAGAUCUUUCUAGAUGCCAACACAAUCAAGCUGGGCAACAUCCCCCUCGGCAGUGCCAUAGACCCACUGGAAGGGGCCCCUCCAGGCACCACUUACACCAAACAGACUGUGUACGAGCUCUGUGCCUGCGCUAAUGGCAAGCUCUACCUGUCCCCAGCUGAGGAGGGAUCCACCUGCCAAACCACUAGUAACUUUUGUCUCUGGAGUUGAAAAUUAGAGGCUCGUAAAGAGACAGGACAUAUGGACUAACAAGCUUGGAGCUGACGCUAGCCAACAGACCGCAGGACAAAGGAACGUGUGUGUUUGGAUUGAAGCCAUCGACAGCUAAGGGUCGGAAUCAACGAUGACCGACGCAUGGCGAAAGGGUGACGCAUGUUCGGCAAUCGAGUGACACGGAUUCGCAAAUGGUAGGGAGGUGACGGCUGCUAAGGGAUGGGAUCAACAAGAAAUGUGGGGCUCGGUAUCAAGGAACAGCCCACUAAAGGACUGAAUCAACAUGAAAAAGAGCCUGUGUGAGGCCGGUGCCAGCAGCACACAAAUCAAAUUAAUAAGGAUUGGUCUGUGGCCAAUGCGAGUAACAAGGAUGAAUGACUUGGCAAGACACAAAAGAUGGUUUUUAUACUAAGACCACUCAUGGACAUAAAUGGGCAGUCUAAGGCUUGAGCCUUUGCUGGCCGUCUCUUCCUUUUGCAUUUUGCAGCCUGGAGAGACCCUUCAAGUCCUGAGGAUUAUUCAUGGGAUUUGCAUUGUUUGUUCACUGUUUGACCAAACUAUCAAGGAGAAAAAAAACAAGCUUUUGUUUUGUUUUGGGUUUUUUUCGUUGGGUAAACAGAAUAAUUGUAAACUGAAAAUACCACCCGGGGGAGGUGGACAUGUGCUCCUGGUUAACAUAUCAGUUGGCUACAGUGAUAGACGUGAGUGAACACGUUGGCUCAGCCCAGUGGGUAACUAAUAAAAUUUAAUCAGACAAUGGGUUUUGUCUUGUGGGAAGCUAAAGGCUGCCCAAUGGACCAAUCUAUACCAGAAAGGCCUUCCCCCAAUGCCCGUCCCUUUUAGUCUUUCAACCCAACAUUGUUACGUGAACCUUUUGCAUCGGUGUACAAAUGAUAGUAUCAAUGUUCUCCAACCCCACUUUCCCUACUGGAUAACCAAUGCAAAUAAUUGCGCUUUAAACCUUGCAUUCACCAAAUUUUUUUCUCAUGGAUUUUCAACUCUUUAAUGUCUUUUAUCACCGUUUGUUGUUUUUUCCCCCCCGAAUCAUGUCUUUUGCUGGUUAACCUCUUGACAUCCCUUGUAAACUUAUGUUCUCACCCAUCUAUCAAUACAUCUCUUCAGCUUUUUUCUCUGUCCACCUUGUUUUCUAUUUAUCCAACAGUGCUUGACUGCUAAAAGGGGGGAGAGGGUGGGGGGGACAAACGACAUCUCUUUACAAGUGAAUCAGUUGUACUAUAAAUCCUUGACCUCAAAGUUUUGAAUCUUUUCCUCUUCUCCCUCUCUUUUUUUCUGCAUAUUUUAAAUCCAAAAACAUCAUCUUUUGGGUACAUGAUCCAUUUGAAUUAACUGAAAAUGAUAGAGAAAUGUGAAUCUUAAGUUAAAUUGAAGUUCUUAUGGGUGCUAUAGGGAAAAAAAGGCAAGUUUUUGUAACUCACUGAAAAUUCCAGUAAGAGAUGUCAGUGGCAGAUGACGUUUAGUCGUAUUAAUAAGAAUGAAAUAUUUUCAUCCUAUUUUAGAAACCUUUUGCUGCUGUACUUCUUUUCAAACACUCAUUGUUCAGUGAGCUCAGUUUUAUGAUCUUUACUAGGCUUGCCUUUGUCUGCAGAAUAUCUGCUUUCCUUCUCUACUUCUCGUCCAUCAGUAAGGACUCAUCUUGUCUUUUUAUCACAUCUUUUACUUAUCAAUCAUUCAGUGACAUAUCUUCAUAUUGUUUCCUCCAUCCUAUUUCUUACAUGCUCAUUCGUUACUCUUUUCUUCUUUUUUUUUUUUUUGACAUUGCACACUUUGAUGCCAGGAAAUCUGACCCCUAUUUUGAAACCCAUUUUAAAAACUGCGGCUGUAUCACAGGAGAGGUUGGGAAACCGAAACACAUUUCUUCAACACUCUGAAUGAUUUCCAGCUGACUAUCUUUCACCCAUCAUUUGCGACAAUUCAAAAUGAUAAUAAGCAUUCACGUGUGGUAGAAACCUAAGGACAAUAACUGUGGAUGGAGGUUGGUUGUGUCUGUGUGUGUGUGUUGACUCAACUGGAACAAGGCCCUGAGGCAUUCUUUCUUUUUUCCUUUCUUUUAACAAAGUUAUACACUGGUGCCUUUGCUACUGUUGGUAAAAGCACAUCACAGUUGGAAGAUUCACACUACCCUCAGCGGCCCAUCCGUGUCUCUGAACUAUUAUCAAUCUGCCUACCUAUCUAUUUAAUUUUCUGACUUUUUUCCUUCCCUUUUAUCCUCAUUUUGUAGAACUCUCAGUAUAUCCACCAGACAAAAAAAAAAAAGAAGAGGAAAACAAUUCAAUAAUGGAUAAAAGUUUGAAUUUUAAUUUCCUGAUGUGUUCCCUUCUGGUUUAUUCUUGAUAGUAAAAAAAGCACAACUUAUGCCAUGUAUAUAACAAUACCAAUAAUACAAAAUAAAAUAUUGUUUUUAAAGAUAAUUCCUGGAAGGGGUGUUGUCAUUAAAUCUUUUUGACUUCAGUUGUUUCCUAACACUUUUUUCUGACAAUAUAGGUUAUUCUAAUCAAAUUAUUUUUGCGUGCAUACCUUUGAAUGCUUAAUUUGACGGAUAUGGCAUGUGGACACUGUUUGCUUGAUAGUGUAAUAGCCAUUUAACAUCCAUGUUGUGCUAAAUACAGAACAAUGCCAUUUUACACUCUAGUCUAAGUGGAUCCUAAACAUAGAAGGGUAUUACAUGUAAGAAACGGUGUUGUUGUAUUUUUAUGAUGGUGUAAAUUACUACAUUUAUAGUGUGGUAAUGUUUUUUUCUUCUUUAAGUUUUAUGUUGAGGUACUAAAAACAGAAACAUUUUGAUCCCAUAAUAAUAACACUGAGUAGCUCUUCUCUCCUUGAUCUUUGUUGAGAGAACAUUUAAAGUACUUUUCCACAACAGUCGUAGUGCACAUGAAAUUGUAAAUGUAUUGCACUCUAAGAUCAUGUGAACAUAUUCUAGCAUAGAACCACCAACACAGAUGAUGGUUUUUCGACUUGGGUAAAUUCAAUUACUUUUCUUGCUUUCUGUUAAAACCUCAAAAACUAAAGUUUUAUUUCACCCAUCUGAUGUGCACAAAAAGAAUAUGAAGGUGUUGAAAAUAUGUCAUAUUGAUUAUUGACAUAUUGUGGGUUACUUUCCAUGAUGCUUAUGAUUGAAUUUUAAAACUAUGUUAUUUAAAAUGCCCCAUCCCUGUUGGAGAUUAUCUAUAGACCAUCAUGAAUCCAUAAAACCUGGUCCAUAAAAAGACAAGUUUUCAAGAAAGAUUUACAAAUUGUUUAGACAUUUAUUCAAGGCAAAAUACACAAAUUAUGUUUUCAUACGUUAUUCUACAUGUAAUGUAGAGUAACACUGCUCCAAACUCUGCUCACUCCAGAACUUUGUCUAGUGUUUUAUUAAAAGGACUUUAUACUGUCAAGCCUUUCACCGUCCUGAUCCUCGUCUGAAAUCUAUUUUUUUCUUUUAGUACACUUCAUAAACUGUCUUUAGGCUCUGUAUUGUAGAGGAAACAAUAUUCACAUGAAGGUUACUUGUCAUCAAAGCUGAUAUGAUUGCAGUUCAGUUUACCAUUUAUAAAAAAGUAUUUCUACGCUUUGGAAAUCAACGUCUUGAUGGAAAAUCUUAAACCUGGACCCUAGGACUUCCCAAAAACAUUUUCUAUGUAUGUCAUAAAGAAGUUGUGUUUAUAGUGAAAUAGAGCGACAUCAAAACACAGUUAAAGCACAAAAAUUGGUGACUUUGAAAACAACGGUAGUGGAUUUAUUGACUGCAGCACUGUAACAGCAGUGUUUCUAAAUUGUAAAAGUAUAGAAGAAUAUAAUCUAGGGAGCCACAUUAAUGCACUCCCGGUUGUUACAAUAUGUUGCUGAUACGUGUACCUUGACAAUUUUGGUCUUUUUGACUUGUUCCGAUCAUGUUUCCACCCACAGCAGCACAUCGAAGCAGCAGAGGUCACCUUGGAAGUGGAAAUGCCCCCCAGUAGCCGUUGUUGUUGGGCUCUGAGAGCGAGAGCAGCUUGAUGUUGUUAUUGUUGUUAGUUUUGUGUUGUACAGCAGCCACUGGAGGGAACGUGAACUGCCCAAGGGUGUUCGAUCUCUUUUCAAUGAAUGCCAAUGACACUGAGGGCAUCCAGAGAAAAAAAGCACCAGCAAGAUUUAUUUCUCUCGUUCAGCCUGAUAAAACAAACUCACUCAUUCAUCCAUGAAUUAAUUCUCAGAACGGAGAGUUAUUACUCAGAUGAUGAGAUUCGUUGAGCUGAGUCGCACUUUUUAAAGUUCCUGGUAAACUACGCAUAAAAUUGUUGUGAACUGUUAAGAUCAUCUGACGCAUUUGACAUUUACUUUAUGCUGAGCUAAAGACAAGUAUCCACAAACCAACUUUUCAAUGUACUAUUUGUUGG